AGUAGACACGAAAUAAGUGUCAUACGAAUAAUGUUAGAAUUAAGUUUGUUUAUGAAAUGCGAUGUAGAAAAAUAAAAACAGUAAAUAAUUUUAAACAAUGAAAAAGGUUGUAAGUUAAAAAUAUUUACGCUUAGUGACAAUCCAGCAUUAAUAUGUACAAUGCUACAGUUUUUGAAAAAAGGCAACAAAAACGGUCAUCAAAAACACUUGUCUGUUGUAUCGCUUCAUCCUCAAACAACCUUUAACUCAGUUUUACCUGAAUCUGAAGGGAAUACAUUUAAAAAUGUUAAUGGGAAAAAUGCAAUUUUACCAUUAUCUUCAUUUGAUGAUGAGGGAUUAUUUGACAUUGGGGAAUACGACUCUACCAAAGAACAAUCUCGGUUAUCAAGAACACUUGAAGAUAUGUUAUUGGACAAAAAUGCUCUUGAAUAUUACAUUCAUUAUAUGGAAUCCAGAAAUGCCUCAGAUUACAUACACUGUUGGUUAGAAAUACAAACAUUCAAAUCAUUAUCAAGAAACUACCACAAUUCACAAAAUACAAAAUUACUCAACACAUAUUCAAUUGUGCCACAUGGUCAGGGUGACCACGAUAGUUUAUCCGUUAGUACAGAUUGUGACUCUUAUACAGCAGAUUCUAAUAGUCUUUGUGACUAUUCAUCAAAUAAUACAAUAUCUGAAGGAAAAGCCCCUCGUGAUAACAUUUGUGAUGAAGAAAGUGAUGAUUAUAAUAUUAAUGAAAAGAAAAAUGUACAAAAUAUAAUUGAUAGGGCUUUAACAAUAUUUAAAAAAUAUAUUGCACAAGAAGCAUCUUGUAACAUUAAAUGUACAGAAGAUAUUAGAAAAGAAAUCAUGGAAAAUAUUUGUAUAACAGAGAAAGUGAUGUCAGUUAACUGUUUCGAUUCUGUACAGAAUCUUGUUUACAAAAUAAUGCAGGAGGAUUACUAUCUUACAUUCUUAAGAUCUGAUUACUUUUGUAGAUAUCAAAUUGACUUGUUAACUAGCGGAAAUGUUAUUCUAGAUGAUAUACUGUAUAAUGAAACUGCUUUGUUUUAUUUUAUGGAAUUUCUAGAGCAAGAAAAUCAACGGAGCUUAUUAGAGUUUUGGAUAGCUGCUUCAAACUUUCAGCAGCAGCUAAACAACCAAAAAGAUUUUUUUGAUCCUAUCGAAGCACAAACUGAUGCUGUGGUAUUAUAUGAUAAAUAUUUUUCUUUGCAAGCACAUUGCCCAUUGGGAUUUAGUGAUAAAGUAAGGAUGGCAGUUGAACAGAGCAUUUGUGGGGAAACCGGCUUGAUGCCUGAUUGCUUUCACUUACCGUUAAAAAUAGUUGAAAAAGUAUUGGAACAAAAUUACUUGAAGUUAUUUUUGAGUUCACAAUUAUUUUAUAAAUAUCUCUCUGAUUUAAUAAACACGGUGCAAUCUGUAGAUUAUUUGAAUGUUGAAAGAUACCGUAAUGCCGCAUCAGAUUGUAGUAGUGAAAGGAGCUUUAGUCAAAGUACAUUUUUAGCUCUAGAGAUACCUUGUGAAGAUAUUAGAAAAAGUGAGAAAACCAAUGACAUGACAAUAGAUACUAGAGAAUUAUAUGAUCCCGACGCUCUCUGGAAAAGAAAAAAAUGCUAUAGACUCUCUUUAGGUCGAGUUAAUGAGUUGGGAAAAUAUGAAGCUGAUUUUGAGCCAGAGCCAGACAAGAAACAGUUUAAAUUGAAAGAUUUAUUUAGAAAAGUGAUAAGUUUAGAUGAUGAAGAUAAGAAGAGAGAAGAUAUGGCAUGGCAAGUAGCAGAGAUGAUUGUAAAAGACAUUACAAAUGUUACAUUGAGACAGCAGGAUAAUUGAUUGGUUAAUUAAUCAAUGAAUCAAUUGAUCUUUUAUAUUUUUUAUUGAAAUGGAAUGAAGGAUACAGAAGUAGAUCAGCUAAUUUAUUCCUCAGUCUAAAAUUAAAAUUCAUUGUUAAAUUUAUUAUAAUAAUAAUUGAAAAGAAAAUAAUUAAUAUGGUUAUAUUAAUAGUAAAAAUUGUGCCAUAUUAAAGGAAACUAAUUUGACUAAUAUUAAUUUUCUGUUUUCCCUUUGUAUCUUUCAUAAAAUAUAUUCAAUUUAAUUUUAAAAAUAUUCGUAUAUCCAGAUGUACAUUUUUUUUCUAAAUAUUUAUUGCAUAAAUAUAUAUAUACAUAUUAAAGAUUCUAAAAACACAUCUAAUUUUUAUAUUCAAUGUUUUCAUGUAUUUAAUACCAACAAUAUCUAAUAAUUAGGAAUCUGUAAGAUGGAAUUAAAUAACAGAACAGAAAUAUCCAAAAUUAUUUAAACUUCAUAUUUGUUGGAAUGGCACUUUUACUUUUUUUCUCGAAAUAUCUUUCAUGUGAAAAUUACCACAAACGUUCUGAUUACCUAGAAGAUUAAUUCUUUUAUAUAGAUUUGAAUGGAAAAAUAGUAAAGUGAUUGAAAAGAUCAGACAUUUUAAAAACAUUUCUCUAUCUAGAACCAUAUAAUAUAAUAGAAAAUCUGAAACUUUGUAUUGUCGGUACACACAAAUUUCCCCUAUUAUAUAGUUACUUCCAUUGUUUCAAUUUAUUUUUCUUUACAACAACAAUUAAGUGUUGAUUUUAGUUAGAGACAACUUUGUUCUUUAUUGCAUAGGUUACUAUAUUUUAAGUGAAGCAUUCCGCUAUUUAAAAACAAACAGUAGUGGAAAUCUCUUUUAUACAAACCAUAUUUAGAUAUAUUAAAAUCUUAUACUAAUAAUAUUGAACUUUAAAAAUUAAGUUUUAAUAAAACUACGCCAUUGGAUCAAGGAACAUAAUAAAAUUUGUUAAAAUAUGAAUUUGUGGUUAUAUUCAUAAAGAUAUACUCUAAAAUUUAAAAUCAAAGCAAUUUCAAAUAAUAUAUUAUUCAAUUUUCAGGAAAAUUUUGUUUAUAUUAAAAAAUUUCAUUAAAAAUUUUCCAAGAAUAACGCGGCUUUGUUAGGAAAUAUGCAAAUAUACUUUGUAUAAUAUGUAAAUAUGUGCAGAUUAUAAUUUAAUUAUUUAAAAAUUUUGUUAAUGAGUAUAUGAUUGUAAUAUAGUAUGAAUAAAUUAUAUUUAUAUAAAUAGGAAACGUCUAUAUUUGAAAUUAGCUUGGCUCAAUCCAGGUGAUGCCUUUUUACCUGUUGAGGUGUAUCAUUACGUGGAUUCCUUUAUCCACAGCUGUUCCCAUUAUUUCCUAUCCUGUUCCUCGUUUUUCCUUGCUACCUUUAGUUCGUGUUUCAUAUAUUUUAUGACCAAACUAUCUUAGUAACUCUU